AUGUCAUCCGAAACCUGGAGGUGGAAGGGACAUUGUCUACUUCAUGAAUUAAAUUGGAUUUCAUCUUAUUUAAGUGCUGCAUAUAUAUUUAUCCACAACAAAGAGAUUAUUGUUUACCAGUUAUUUAUUGGAAGUUGGCAACUUUGGCCUUUAUGUGUUUUUCAGGUUUUGUUAAGAAGGAAAAUCAAUGCCAAGAAUCAUUACUGGUUCAACAAGCCUUUGCAGACUUGGAGAGGGGCCGUGGAUAUCUUGUUCCAGACGAUGUCUACAAGAGUUUUGAUCAGAAGAGGAGUGGAAGAUUCAGACUGGAUGGCUUCAUAUCACUCUGUAUAUUUGUACAGUCUGCGCGAAUGCUGAACUGAGUGCUCAUGUGGCUAAGCAGUAAAGAGGAAGGAAUCUACUGUCCCGUGUUAGGCAUGCAUGUCGUUGGAUUAUGAGUACAGUUUCGUUGGAUAUUUUUUAGUUAAUGUGUAUUAUGUAAUUAUAGUUGUUGGAGGACUCAAGCACAGAAAUUAUGUAAUAGCUAGGUUGUUACUAUUGUUUAUCGCUUCAAGCUUUGAUAAUGGACUUAUCAAGCUUUAAUAAUGAAUGUACUUCGGUUACCUUAGUUUGAUGUUAAGCUUUGAUAGUAGAUGUUUGAACGGAAUGUACUUAUUAGCUUUUGAUGUUUAGCAAUAAAGUUCAUGCUAACUUUGGUUA